AUGGAACCCACGGCACCGGCGGGUCAGGCCCGGGCGGCGGCAGCCAAGCUGUCGGAAGCGGUGGGCGCGGCGUUGCAAGAGCCACAGCAGCAGCGGCGCUUGGUGUUGGUCAUCGUGUGCGUGGCCCUGUUGUUGGACAACAUGUUGUACAUGGUCAUCGUGCCCAUCGUGCCCGAUUACAUCGCCCAUAUGCGCGGGGGCAGCGAGAGCCCGACCUCCGAGGUGUGGGAGCCCACUCCGCCACCGCGCACCCCAGCGAAUGCCAGCGCCUACUGGGCCAACGCCUCAGCAUCCCCGACGGGCACCGGGCCUGCCCGGUCAAUCCUGAGGCCCCGCUACCCCACGGAGAGCGAAGACGUGAAGAUCGGAGUGCUGUUUGCCUCCAAGGCCAUCCUGCAGCUACUGGUGAACCCCUUGAGCGGGCCCUUCAUCGACCGCAUGAGCUACGAUGUGCCGCUGCUGAUCGGGCUGGGCGUCAUGUUCGCUUCCACCGUGCUGUUCGCCUUCGCCGAAGACUACGCCACGCUGUUCGCGGCGCGCAGCCUCCAGGGCCUGGGCUCGGCCUUCGCGGACACGUCCGGCAUUGCCAUGAUCGCUGACAAGUAUCCGGAGGAGCCGGAGCGCAGUCGCGCGCUGGGCGUGGCGCUGGCCUUCAUCAGCUUCGGGAGUCUGGUGGCGCCGCCCUUCGGGGGCAUCCUCUAUGAAUUCGCGGGCAAACGCGUGCCCUUCCUGGUGCUAGCCGCCGUGUCCCUCUUCGACGCGCUGCUGCUGCUGGCGGUGGCCAAGCCCUUCUCGGCCGCCGCGCGCGCGCGGGCCAACCUACCGGUGGGAACGCCCAUCCACCGCCUCAUGGUAGACCCGUACAUUGCAGUGGUAGCGGGAGCGCUGACCACCUGCAACAUUCCCCUCGCCUUCCUCGAGCCCACGAUUGCCACGUGGAUGCGACACACGAUGGCGGCGUCCGAGUGGGAAAUGGGCAUGGUCUGGCUGCCGGCCUUCGUGCCGCACGUGCUGGGAGUCUACCUCACAGUGCGCCUGGCUGCGCGGUACCCACACCUACAGUGGUUGUACGGGGCGCUAGGCCUGGUGGUGAUCGGGGCCAGCUCGUGCCUCGUGCCCGCCUGCAGCUCUUUUGCCCCGCUGGUGGUCUCCCUCUGUGGCCUCUGCUUCGGCAUCGCGCUGGUCGACACUGCGCUGCUACCCACACUCGCCUUCCUGGUGGACGUGCGCCACGUCUCGGUCUAUGGCAGCGUGUAUGCCAUCGCUGACAUCUCCUAUUCCGUGGCCUACGCGCUUGGGCCCAUAGUGGCGGGCCAUAUCGUGCAUUCGCUUGGCUUUGAGCAGCUCAGCCUUGGCAUGGGUUUAGCCAACCUGCUCUAUGCACCGGUCCUGCUGCUCCUUCGUAAUGUGGGCCUCCUGACGCGCUCCCGCUCCGAGCGGGACGUGCUGCUGGACGAACCGCCACAGGGUCUCUACGACGCCGUGCGCCUAAGAGAGCGGUCCACGCCCGGCCCCGACGCUGACGCUUGCAGCCCUCCUGGCCCUUUGGAUGGGUGCGAGGAAGACUACAACUACUACUAUACCCGCAGCUAG